ACCAGUAAUUUAGAACCUCGGCAGGCUUGGAGAAGAUGAACUGACUGACUAACUGAUAAUUAUUUACCCAAAUCCCACCUCUACUCCUAACCCAAAACCCCUCUGGUCUGAGUGUGGUGUAUAGUUCUCACGUGGAAUGUGUAGGGAAGGGAGAGAGAGAGAGAGAGAGAGAGAGACAGAGAGAGAGAGAGAGAGAGAGAGAGACAGAGAGAGAGAGAGAGAGAGAGAGAGAGAGAGCGACAGCACUGUGAGUUUGCCUCUGCUUUAUUUGCUACCACUGCUGCAGCUCAGAUUGUAAAUAUUCUAAAGCUGAUUCUUGGUGGCAUGGUUCAGUAUCAUUGAACAAAGCUCUGUCGAGAAUUUUUUUUUCUGCUUCGUGCUUCACCAGGACAAGAAGUCAUGAUCUGACUGGAUUACCCUGUGCUUGGAAAAAAAUUGAGGGCUGGAGGUUGGGGAAGGGGUUGCUGGCUGAGGAACUGGUUUCACUAAAGCUUUUGCUGGUUUCAUCAUGUUGCUAACUUCAGGGGUCUCCUCGAGAGAAGAGUUGAAAAUGGACUCCUGUGUUCGCUCCCAUUGCAUGUCAUGGAUAUCGCACAACACUGGGGAAUUAGCAGAAACAACUGUGAUUUUCCACGGCCAAUUGUCCACUGUAUCCUCAAGUCUCCAGCUCUGUUUUUUAGGGCCUGUAUCCAAAUUUCAGAGUUACUGAAGAUUGCCUCAGCAGUCUCGACCUGGCAUACACCAGAAAUCAAUGGGAUAUAUUCCAAUAAACCUCGCUUUGAUUUAAUUGCACGGCAUUGAUCUCUCUCUUAUCUCGGAGCUGAUUGGGUUUUUUUCUGGCUGAGGAGGAAAGGACUUUGCGGGAUGGAGACUGUUCUCAGUGGAACCCGCUCGAACGUAUCACCACAAGUAAGGGAGCCCACCCAAGGAACUUGUCACCGGAGCUGUGGUGGCUUCUCCCUUUGCACAACCCAAGCCUUCCCAGAAACUUGAGAAACUCUUGUUUGAGAUUAACUGCACAGAAUUGCUUUGGUUUCUACAUUUUUGCUCAGUGGUCAAGUGACAGCCCUUAAAAUAGCUUUUGUAUCAUUUUACAAUGGAGGCCAGGAUGCAUUGCAAAGCCGCAAAGCACAGUUUGUACAGUUUCAAUUAAACCCAGAGAUGUCAAGGUCUCUUUUCUGAUGCACAUUUCAACUUUUGACACAAUGUUUUUUUCUCAUCCGCCUUCCCGUCUGUCAGUCCACUGUGAGCAAAGCUAAUGGUGUUGAUAAAGAGUCUGCUCUCUGCUGUUAAACAUCCUUCAGUUUACUUAGCAUUAUGAACAUUCCAGACCUUACCCAGUGACCUUGCACUGUAGUUCAGUCUGAGAUACACUGACUUUAGCUGUUUCGGCCAGGGAGAUAUUUCCACCUGCAAUUCACAUGCUCAACCACAACCUUGCCCCUUGUCAUUGAGCACUGUAAUGGGUCGUAAAGAACGCAAUUACUUGCAACCUUCCAGAUGUAAUAGUGCUCCACUACAGGACUCAAAAACACGCUCCCUUGAGCUCAAACAAGGCCAAAAUUCGGGCAACUCUGCCAACCAAGUGCAAGAGCGCAAGAGCAAAGUUCAGCAAGUGCACUUCAAAGAAGAACACGUGUCCAACAUGAGGGAGAAGGCCGAAGGCAAACCUGUCCCAAAAGGCAAAGCACAACGUCCCAGGCCACAGGGACUGGCCAGCUGCUCGCUGGCAAUUCCCAAGAGGCAAGGGGUCCUCAAGAGCAUCGCUAUUCAGACUUCGCCCAGUCUGAGGAAGCACCUUCCAAGGUUCAAAGGUAAACUGAGGAACACCAGCAAAUCAGCCAAGGGCUCUGUGAUGAUGGAGUCAGCGAGAGCUGCAGGGGUUGUCCCCGCUGGGGAAGGCCUGGCUUUGAAAGUCGCUGAUGCUGCAACGCAGGCUGAACGGACUGAACCAGGCUUAACCCAGGUGAAAGGAGCUGCAAAGACAUCUCCCCUGCCGAGCACCUGCAGCAUGGUCAGGAGUAAGCCCUCGUCAAAAGUAUCAGAGCCGAAGCCACAAGAGACAAUGAGUGAGGUGUCAGCUUUAUGCCAUUGCCCAGAUAUGUCCACAGAUGCACAUAACUCUGGGAAAUUAAUGGUGUCGGACCACCCAUCAGAUCCUGGAUAUCCCCAUUCCAACGCUGGUGCCUCCUUGACUGGAAGUAUUCCAGGUGGGAAUCAUUCACAUCUAAAUUGUUCCACACUGCAUGACUUGAAAUCAGUGACCACACGGCCAUCCGAGGCAGCCGAACCUAGAGAGGCAGGUCACUGCAAGGACAAAAUUUGGCCAGAGUGUUCAGACCUUCCUCCCGCAUGUGUCGGUAAUGAUGAACGAGCAGUCGCGGAUGUGUCAAAGUCAACGUCCUGCUCACUAAAUGACGGCAACACAGGCACUGAACUUGCUUCGGACAACACUGGUGAUCAUACAGCUUCCUGUAACAUGGAAAUAAAAUCUCAAGCAAGCAAAAGGAUUAAGGAAAUUAAUCAAAUCCAUCUGACACAAGGGGACCUAUUUGAUCUACAAGGCAGGAUGCAGUUCAUAGAGGACACCCUGCAGUCAAAUGAACACAAGAUCAAAGUCCUACUGAAUGUAAUUCAGGACAUGGAGAAAACAAAAGCACUUAAUGAAGGGAGGAACUUCUAUCGGACUGGCCAGGACCUCAGUAACUGCAGCACUUGUCAGAACACCGCCUGUAUCAUCUACAGUGUAGAAUAUGACUUUAGACAGCAGGAAGGCAGAUUCCAUCAUGUUCUCCGAGCCCUGGAAAGCGAGGAUGAAAGUUCACAGCAGCAGCACCUAUCCAGAGGGAAUACUGACAACCAGACUAACCAGAAACAGGAGCUGAAGAAUAAACCACGCAAGCCUAAGAAAACCUGUUUUUGGUGUCUGUGAGCAACUGCUGUCAAAUUAACUGCCUCAAAAAUAGUGCAUUUUUUUGUUCCGUGUGACUUUCGGAAAUCAAGGGCUGUUGAGGGAUAUCUUCUGCAUUUCAAGGGAGCUGCAGCCAGUUGUAUUAAGCCAGGAAAAUAAUGCAGUUACCCCAGAUAUAUGCAAAAGGGCAAACCAUAAGGGUGUUGAGGUCAGAAAAGUUGCACUGAGACCCCUCCUAAUGCUGUAGCAUCGUGGAACUGCACAGUGAAGUAACACCUUAACAGUAGAGGUGACCCACAUCAUCUGCCGAAUUAAGGCCACUUGGUACAAGCUGAUGGAUCAUUUUAAAGCUACAUUUGGUAAAUGCAGCACUCUGUCUGAUAAUGAGUUUAUUUUUGAUUAAUGAACAGAAGAGAACACAGCAAUAAUGGAUGCAAUGGAGCAUUUAAGCUUCCAAGUUAGCUAGUAAGAUCAAUUCAGUCCAAUAAUAAUGAUUGCAGCUUCAUUCAUUCUUGACAAAGGAGGAAACAUGCACAUUCACGUGUUUUUAAUGGUCAUUAUCUUUCUGCUUUUUAAUGUCAGAUUUAGCAUUGCAGUUCCAUCUCACUCUUGAAGUGAUGACUCUUUUAGACAUUAAAAAUAAAUCUGCUCAUGCUGGAUGGUGAAUUGAAACCUGAGGGUGCAGCAGUGGUACAGAUUCCUGGUUAAUGUUCCAUGAUGUCCCACCCAGAACCUUAACCCUCCCACUGGUAGAGCUGCCCUUUUAUCCAGCAUGUUCUGCCUUUACAUGUAACAUACAGCAGAGAAACAGGUUGUGUAGCCUAACAAAUCUAUGCCCGACAUUUAUGUUCCACGCAAACUUAUUCCCACUUUACUUCAUCUCAUUCUAUCCUUUCUCCUUCAUGGAGUUCUCUUUAAGUACAUUUUUUGCUAUUCACCUCAAGCACCAUAUGUGGUGACAAAUAUUUAUUUGUAAGCUAGAUGCAUAAUUAGAUAUGACAUAAAUGUCAACAAAAGCAUAUUGAAUCCAGGGAUUGGUGUGGUAGGCUAUUACUCCUUAGCAUAAGAAUAAUCUCCGGUACUAACAGUGUAGGAACAUAUUAUUAUGUCUAACGAUGACCCAAAUAAACAGGUUAAUGGCUGCCUCAGCAAUGACAAAGCGAGAUGUCAUAUGAGCACAUUGAAUGUUGGUGGCCCUAACAUCCUUAACCGGCAUUUACAGGUUAAGGGCUGGUCUCACAUCAAUCGGACUGUCGGGCUGGUUUGGCUCUGGGUUUGCAAAAUUGUAAAGAAUGCAGAAAAAAGGCCAGAGGUGCUUAAAAAAGAGAGAUAAACUCAAGUGCAAAACAAUGCAUUGUGAAAGGAAGAGAGAGCUGACAAAGAGGGUGGAUUAAAGAUACAAGAUCCUUCAUGAGCUCUGAUCCUAUGAGCAUGGUUGAUAUUCUUUCAGAGAGUGCAGGUAGGCUGUGUGCUUGCAGAGACACUGGUUACCACAGAAACACAGAUUCUUCCAAACAUUAUGACUGUUGCCACAUAAACAAGCUAUUUUAGAAACGUUUAACAGAAUUUCAUCUUUUAAUACAGAUCUAGACAAUGAUUGAAAUCAAAGUGUCACACUUUCUUGUACCCACACUCAUUUAUUGCCAGGAAGCAAACCUGUCUUAUCUUCUUCAUUCUUCCUACACAUUGUCCCUCAUUGGCACAAAAGGGCAGAGUAAUCCAAGCAAGCAGCAGAUAUUCCAGGUUUUAAACAUAGGGCCAUUUGACUGCAAAAGCACUGAAGAGAAGAUGAAUUUGUAUAAAGCACUGAUUAGUCUACAAGUGCCCCAAAUCCGCACUCUGAUAACAGAGCCAUAUUCCAAGAGGAUUGCAAGUCAGAUUUGGGUCACAAUACUGGAGUCAUAGAGCACUAGAGUCACACAACACAGAAACAGGCCCUUUGGCCCAUCGAGUCCACUCCGCCCAUCAGUCAUCCAUGUCCACCGUUUCUACUUUAAUUCCAUUCUUUUAUUUUUCCCACAUUCCCAUCAACUCCCCACAGGUUCUACCAUUCAUCCACACACUAAGGGCAAUUUACAGUGAGCAAUUAGCCUACUAUCCUGCACAUCUUUGGAACAUGGGAGGAAACCCACACAGUCACAGGGAGAACAUGCAAACUCCACACAGAGAACACCUGAGGUCAGGAUUGAACCGGGGUCUCUGGCGAUGUGAGGCAGUGGCUCUACACUGCUGUGCUUCCCAGUACGGUUCCAAUGCUAUGGUGCCAAAUGCCUAAACGUUGAGGAAUGCUUCUCACUGGGAAUCUAGCAGUGCCAAACUUACUGUCUGGAGCAUUGUCUCUACUUUUAUUUAAAAUUCAUUUUCAGGAUGGAGGUGUCACUGGCAAAGCUGGCCUUUAUAUUGCCUUUAUAGAUACUGAACCAUGGAAACUCUAACACAGCAUUAGAAAGCGCAACAACGAUUCACUCAGAUACCAUGGUUGAGAGAAUAUCAUUAUGGUGGGAGACUUGGAAAACCAAUACUAUGUUCAUGUAGAAGAGGGCAGAACUGCUCAAAAUUUGGAAAAGAUUUAAGGAGACAAGUGAUCAAUUAUUUCCAUAGUUGACCAAAGUAAUAACAAGAAAUGAGAACACAGGAUUAGUACCAGAAGAGAGAUCAUAAGAAAAGGUUUCAUGGAUAAGAUUACAAAGACAUUUAAUACAUUUCCAUAAGUAGCAACUGAAAUUCAGCCAACUGUAACAAUGAAGGAGGGGUUUGUAAUAUAUCUAAAUACUUUUUGUAUGCAUUCUAGGAAAGCAACCUCCUGUGGCAAGGUCAGUAUGUACUGUUCAUCCUUAAUCAAAGUAAUAGUGAUUUAUGGCUUGCUAAGCCACCUCAGAAGGCAUUUAAGAAUCAACCACAUUUGUAUGGACUGGAACUCACAGACCAGAAAAGAAAGGACUGCAGAUUUUCAAAGAGAUAACCAAACCAGUUGAACUUAAAUGACAAGCCAACCAUUUCAUUGUUAUGGUUUUAUUUUGAGAACUGUUACACUGAAUUCACAUUCUGAAAUUGCCAGUCUGUGAGUUGAACCUAUCUUCUGCAUCACUAGUCCCAUAUAUAACGAGGCUGGAUUGUAUGCUGUUAAAAAUGUGCUAGUAGAGCGUACAUCUAACAUACAAGAGAAACAUACACAUUAGAUUGUACAUGACCAGAAAUUGAUAUGAAACUUAGAUAAAGUUGUUUCCCACUUGAUCGUCAACCAAGGUGAAGUCAGGUGAUAUCCAUCAUAUUGAUUGUAAAUGAACUACAACCAAGUUAAUAUGGAGCACUCACAUCAGUCUGGAUGCUGUUCCUGAGUGCUUGCCAAUCAUUCUUGCUGGAAUAUGCAGUGUCUGUAGAUGUCAAGGUGGAGCAGAGUUGAGCUGGACUGUGAUACCUGCUCUCCUUUCCCUCACAUCCACAGAUCAACACCUACUGAGGCUCACAAGCCCACAUGAAGUUUGGACAAUUGAGUGAAGUACCAGAGGACAAACGCCUCAAUAGAAAAGAACAGUCAACUAUUAGCAAUGAAACCCUGCAGAAAAGAUGGGAAAGAGUUUGCCAAGGGGAAAAAAACAAUGCUAUCAGUUGUUAGAGAUGAAAAUAUGAAAGUCUAUUUUGAAAAGUAUGAAUGGGAGUGAGAUAGUAAAAAUUGAGAGUUGCAUGUGAUCCUGUAAGAUAUGUGUCUUACCUCAGUAAAUGAGUGUCACACUUGUAUAACAGGCACAUGAGAUACAGUAGCAUUUGUAUACUGUCUGUACUGGAGUAAAAGUUCUCUUUGUACGGCAUUGAAUAUAAUUGUAAAAUACAUUCAAGCAAUGAUAUU